AUGGGCAUUACGCCCCUGGUCCCGGGAAACCCGAAGCGGCUUCUCACAGCCUUCUCCUCUCCUCCCAACCUCCCUGCGAGGCUGGAGAGGGGCUGUGUGGCCCUCGCAGGAUGGGACCCGCCGCCCCCGCAGCUACUAGCCCCACCCGAGCGGGCCCCUCCCGGCCAGACGCAGGCAGCGGAGCGGAAGGCGGCCGGGCCCCCUCCCCAGGCGCCCUCCCCCGGCCAGGGCUCCCCCCUCCCGCCGGAGGUGCCCCGCCCGGCCCUGCCCGCCUGGGCGACGGUGGCCCGGCCCGUGGGUCCGUCAAGGCGGAGCGGAGCCGGCGGGCUGGGCCGGGCUCGGCGGGGGUGGGCAACGACGGCGAGGCCAGGAGGCGGCGGCGAGCGCGGGAUGGCACCGGACGGGACGGGCGACGGCGGCCACGCCACGCCCCGGGCCGUCCAGGACAAGAUGUCUUCUCUGAAGGCUUCUCAAAAUACCAAAAGGAUCAGCAAACUGAAAUACCCAAAAAAAUAAGUGGCAAGGCCGUGAUACUGAGCUGAAAGUCAAGAAGGCUCGUGUGGAGGGCCCUACAGUGGGGAUUACUGAUGAGGAGUUGUUCGAGGCCAGUGACAUACUGGGCCCAAUUCUGUGUAAAUUCUGUGAGAAAAAAGAUUGCUAAAAAGCCAAUGCAGAGGUCAAAGAGGUGGUGGACAAAUAUCUUAAAAUAAUGAGAAACCUUACAGCGAAAAAUAAACCAACUGAUUUCUAUUCCAAGCAUCCUGUGAAC